AUGUCUCACUCUACCGGUCCCCACGACGACCAUACCUCGAACGUUGCGGUCAUCGCUCAGCUUAACAAGCUCGCCGGCGUCUACCUCGGUAGCGGCGGGUACGACGAGGACGCCUACUGGAACAUGAGUCAGACCUACGACGGUCUUCCUGCCCAAGCUCACCACGCGAGGACUCAGUGGGAGCAGCGAGACUACGGUCUGAACGGCUACAGCGGCCUUGAGUACUAUGAGACUUGGAAGACCGUCAAGAAGGCUAGGGUGCUGCACGAGUUUAUCCUCGCUGUUCAUGCUCACGACAAGGAACAGAGGGAUGCCGGUCGGCUCACCUACUACUCGAGCCCUCUGGCUUACAAUGCCCAGACCGGCGAUCGGGAUCAGAUCUGGUGGACCAACCAUGAUGCCCUCGCCGGUCAAUUGACCGCCAAGAGCAGGCAGGCGAGGGAGGGAAAAGUCAAAUUUGACGAGGGGCAGCUGCAUCAGCUUACCGAUGCUGCGAGGAACGUCUACCAAGGCUACACUACCCAGGAGGAGAUGGACCAGAUCCAUGACGCUUGUGUCCAUUGGUUCCUGCAGCGGGACACCACCAAAUAUAUGACAAAAGGGGCGAUGCCCACUCAUGCCGUGUCAAAAAGCCUCAACUUUGAAAGCUACAUGGCAGCAGCCAUGCAAUGCUUGGGGAUGCCAAGACAUGAAUAUUGGCCGCCAGCAGGGGCCUUAUACUUUUACUGUGCCAUAUUUGUCUCCAAUGAAGCGUUCUACUUCAUCUCGGCACAAGCUAUAUCAAAUCCUUCGUUCAAACAGCAGACUUCGCAACCUACAGUAUGCUGUGAAUCCUCUGGAGCGGUGCUUGGAAAAGACGAAGAGUCGGUCUGGAAAUCUCUUGUCAGGCUAUACCGCAGGGGCGAGUGCCUUCAGAUGCCUGACCGAGCCACCAGCAUCGUUUCUUGGGACAGCACGCUACAGAGCACGAUCGCUACAGUCUCGGGGACAGGCUUGACAGCGAAGCACAGGAAGGAAGACGAGGUUUUCUUUGACGGAUUCGCGUCUCGCUACGCACAGGCAAUCUUGGACGUCUACGAUACAAGGCCCAAAAACACGUCGAAGCCCGCCUUGGAAUCAGCUGUAGAAUGGAUGAGGAAACUUCCUGCGGCAGUCGAAGUCCGGCAGCCCGUGAUAGGCACAAAGAGAAAGAGACUGCGGCAGAGGGAAGCGACGAGUCAGACCGCGAGCUCCUUGAUGACUCGGAUCGACUCUGUGGUAUUCCACAUUGAAGAAAGUUUAGGAGUGCUGAAUCUGGUACACGGCAACCAUUACGACAUCGACGAAAAAGACCGCCCUUUUUUAGCGGUCGCAUGCAUUCAAAGACCUUUCUUGAGCCAACACGUGCCAGAGGCAGUCUUUGCACAUAUAUGUCGUAGAAGGUUCAUGGUUACACAGGAGGAACGAACCGUGAAAGAGGUCGACUCAGACUUGUCAAUGUGA